GGAGUCGUCAUGUGAAACCCGGCGGAGGGCUUCGAUUCACAGAGACUCCUCCUGUUUGUGUGUCCCCCGAUUGCCCGUCUGAAUCAUCGAAUUUUUUUUGGAAAUCAAUUUCGAUAAAAAAAUGUUUAGUUGCAUAUCUCCACAGAAAUCACCGGCUUUUAGUCCAGAACAGGAGAAAAUGCUGAAAUCGAACAGAGCAAAUGAGCCACAAAGCUUUGUGAAAGGAAAUGACGCCGCAAAAUCCGACCUGAUAGAUUUGGAAGAAGUUGUUACCAAUUGGGCAAAGACAAUGUUUGAUGUGACAAAAAGCAAAGCGGAGGGAAAAAUCAAGAAGAAAUAUUUAUCGUACAAUAUCAACUGGACAAAACUGUUUCAAGAAUGCUCGGAGCCAACAUACACAAUCCUUGGAGCAAAGCCGAAUGUUGUCGAUGCAAAACAAGAUGAGAAAGUGAUUUUCAAAACGACAUUCACGAAUACAACUCAACGCGAGCAAGAAUAUUCGUUCAAAACGGAACGAUGCACUCGCAGCUCUUCAACUGUAAUCAUCGAAAAGGGAGUUUGCCGUGGAGCAGAAGUUUCACUGAAACUGAAAACUCCUUGUGAAGUUGUGGAAGCAAAUGCUGGAUUUACUACAGAAGUUAUGUUGAAUCAUAUUGGAGAAAAUACUUCUGAAGAAGAAUUGACAUGGGGUGUUGAUAGUUGUGUUAAGGUGCCACCAGGUGCAGAAACUGUUGCUGAACUCGUGAUUAUUGAAGAUAUUGUAACUCGCGAUUUCCGCAUCGAAAACCGUCUGAGUGGCAAAGUUUUGGUGACAAUAACCAACUUGAAAGAAAACAACAGUUUGGUCACAAUUAUCGAAGGAAAUAUCUGUGAUAUCAUCCGAGGAAUGCCUGAUUACACAGCUAAAGGAUUCCGCUUUGAUGGACCUGCUGCCAUCUACGAGACCCGCGGCCAGUGCAUCUUCCGUUUCGGAAUUGAGCAAAAAGUCCGAAUCAACGAAUUUUCACUCAACUCGUCUCGUCGGUACUAACAAGUACUUCUCACUAUGAAUCAAUAUAAUUUAUCUUUUUCCACUGGCUUCUCUGCUUUACUUCUUUUCACAAAUCCAUUUAUUUCCCCUCUGAUAUAAUAAUUUCCGGUAAUGAAAAAUAAGCAUUCGAUUAUUCGAUUUAUGAAGUUAACUAUCAUAAACAAGGUUCUAUUAU